AUGUCGGAUCUUACGACAAACGACAGAUAUAGUUUUGAUAAUAUAAGCGCUGGUAGAUUGCUUACACAGAAUGUCACGCUCCCAAAGUCUCAGCCAGUACGUCUCAAGGCGCUUCUAGCGUGUGAAAGCGAUGAGGAUGAUGACGACGAGAGUGAAGAAAAGCCUUGUCAUUCUGAGGACGAGUCAGACGAAUUCAAUGAGCCUUUACCACAAGACAACUUUGUUGAAGAUGUCCUACAGGAAACGCUUGUACUUGAAACAGACAUCAAUUCGGCACAGGUUGAGUUAACAGAUGGAAUCUUAAAAACUACGUGUGUACUGCCAAAAGAGAAUCUUGAAGUUGUAACUAACGCUUCUUCUAUACAAAAAGGACUAAACUUUAAUAGGGAACAAUGUAAAGUUAGCGAUAUAAAUUCUGAAAGUCAUAUUCCACUUAAUGAUUCGAGCAAACUAGAGACUUGCAGCUCUAAGCAAGAAGGAAAACCACAGGAAUAUCGCAUUGCAACAUUUGCUACGGAAAAUCAAGUAGAUACUGUUUAUAAUCAUUCGACAAAUAUAGCCUUACCUCCACCAUCGCUGUCAAUUUAUAAAGGGGAUUAUAACACAGAUUUGAAUAAUUUGCAAGCAGUAAAUAGCAAUCAAUUGCAUCACGAAAAUGCUUAUAUGUUAGAUAUAUUAAAUAAAAGAAAAGAGAGGUCUGUGUAUAACACGUUAGAGGAGAAUAGGAUGUUAACAAGGAAUAGUGAGUUGAAUCUAAGUAAGGAUGAUCAACGAUACAAAGGCACAUACGUAGGUUUUACUGAACAGGCAAAUAAGGAUAGUAAGGAAGAUUCUCAGAAGAUUACGCACACUCGGUUAGAAUCUGCUACUUGCACAGCUCAGACAUCUGAAAACUUGAUGCAUACUGUAAGAUAUAAUUCGCAAAAGAAUGUCAUGAAAUAUGAAGCGAAUGAAAAGUAUACACCUGCGAAAAAUACGUGUACGGAAUUUAGCACACCUUCUCUCAACGAAGCGAGUAAGUCGUUAUCUAUGAUUACUCGCUUAGUUUCAGAAACUCCAUUGAAGCAUAUGCAAGUCAAUGUGCAACCGAGUUCAUCUACAUCACAUAAGCAGUUGUUUCAAACUCCACAGAACAAACUAUCUGGGGAUCUGAACAAAAAUCAAACUCCUUCCACAAUAUUAUCUAAUUGGUAUCAUAAUAUGAUACAUACACCGAUGGAAAAGAAGAACUUUGUUACGAGGGACCAAGUGCAAAUAUCUAAAAAUGCAGUUUGUACACCUAUCAUGGAAAAACCUGAUUCUUCGAGACACUGUAGAAUGGAUGUAAAAAAUGUGAGGCGGCCUUUAACAGAUACGACAUUGAUACCCCAAAGAGAACGUUUGGUUCAUUCUGUGGAAUCAAAACCGCUUAUAUUGCAUACACGUUCUGAAGUAAAAAGCAUGACAUCUGAGUCACAAUUACAGGAGGAUAGAAAUAGGAAAACGGUUGGACUGUCGGAUGUGAAAUUAAUGCAAACAAAAACAAAUUAUGAUAAAGAUCUGAAAUUAGCGGAACCUAUUGAGGAAGUAAAGGAGAACAAACAGUCUAAUGUGCUAGGAAAUAGAAAUACUGUACAAAACCAAAAUGAAGACAAACAGAUAAUAAUUGGUUCUAAUAUGGAUAUGAAGAUAAUACAUGAUUCUAAAAAGUACAGCGGAGAACACAACAUCGUUCCGAAUACGAACUGCAAGAAUUCGCGUUACUCCGUCCUCGAGAAACAAAACAACGAAAUGCAAAUCGUAGAUAAAAUGACAAACGUGCAGUUCACCGUACCGUUGAGCACUCCCCAGCGACAAGACAAAACAUUAACCAUAAAAGGUAAAGAGUACUUGAUCCUAGGCUCUCUCGGCCGAGGAAUGAGUGGUGAGGUUUUGCGAGUACAGGAUCUAUCUUGCGGCGAGUUACGCGCCAUAAAAUGCGUUGAUUUAAGCAAGAUGGACAAAGACUCAGCCCAGGGCUGCUUGGAUGAAAUUUCCAUGCUGCGUAAAUUACAGGCAUCUUGCGUUGUCAAAAUGUUCGACUAUCAAAUCAAAGACUCUAUGGUCUAUGUGUUGAUGGAAAUGGGCGAUACUGAUCUCAGUCGACUUUUGAAAUCCAUGUCUCAAGAGAAGCAAAUCUCUCUUACGAUGAUUCUCUAUUAUUGGACUGAAAUGCUCACAGCUGUAAAACACAUACAUGAUAAUGGGGUCAUACAUUCAGACUUGAAACCAGGGAAUUUUUUACUAGUACGAGGCCGACUCAAAUUAAUAGAUUUUGGAAUUGCUUCUAAUCUGAAUUCGGAUAUGACAUCUGUUGUAAAAAAUAAUCCGAUUGGAACGUUAAAUUAUAUUAGUCCAGAAGCCUUAAUGGAUAUUAGUGGAAAUGGGGAUUCACCUACACACAACGUUAAAUACAAAAUAAGUUUCAAAUCAGACGUAUGGUCAUUGGGAUGUAUAUUAUAUAGUUUGGUAUAUGGAUAUACUCCUUUCCAACAUAUACGUACUCAGUGGGCAAAAGUGAAUGCUAUAACUAAUCCGAAACCGAAUAUUUUGUUCCCUACAACAAUGAACAGCGAGAAUCGUCAGAGUUGUGAACACGUACCGUCUGUUCUAAUUGAUGUGAUGCGAAAGUGUCUUCAACACGACCCAAAAGCAAGACCGACAGUGUCACAACUGUUGCAGGUGCAAUAUGUGCCUUUUACGCAAAAUACUACACCAGUUUCGGUGCCUUCCGAUUUGCCAGCAAACAUCCUUGUGAAGAUAAAGCAUGCUCUAAACGAGGAAGAAUGGCGACUAUUAGUCCAGGUAUUAGACACAAAGCGACAUCAUACAUAA